CUUCUCCCUUCUGACAUUAGCAUCACCUACCUCAGCAUACAUUGGUAGCUCGUAAAGCUUCAUUCUCUGGCUUAAGGCAGGGCCAGCUGAAUCGUGCUGCUCAACAUGAGCUCCAACGAGGGUACGCCGGCUUACCCUACCCCGAGCUUCACCCCUCCCCCAGGCGAAGAGGGGUCAUCAUCCUCGCCCCACUCUCAACCGUUAGCAUCACCUAGCAAGGUGCGCGCAGAUGGGACACAGUACGAUGAGAGAGAGCUAGAGGUUUUUAGGCGGGAAUGGCAGGCCGAGGUUCAGCGCAGGAAGGCAGAACCCGCUGCGCCCCAAGCAGGACCUUCGAGCCUCCCGCCACUCCGGAUACCGGCUGCGAAUGCUAAGGGCAAGGAGAAACAUAGAGAGAAGCCCCGUCUGUCGAGAGCCAAUGGGUAUCCUGAGGAGGAGCACAGUGUUGGACAAGCAGACAUGUCCUCAGACGAGGAAGCUCAGCCUCACUCCCCAAGUCGGACUCGGCACUUGCUACAGCUAGCAGAAGAGCAACGCCGUGCAGCUCUCCAGGAAGCAGAGGAGCAAGGCGCAACCCUACCACCACAGAUUCGCAGUCCACCUCGGCAGAAGCUCAAUCAAGAAGCACCUACGAAUGCCAGUGCCUCUAAGAAAUCGCAGAUGAAGGCGGCCGUGCAGGCGUAUGCCUUGGGCGCGGAAAUGGAGCGCAAGGGCCAGUUCGACCAGGCUACACAUCACUACCGGAGGGCUUUCCGGCUGGACUCGGCUCCUGACAAGCUAUAUGAGCGGGCUAAAUCCCUACUCAAGAUAGAUGGAAGCAAGUCCGUGGGAGCUUCAUGGGAUGCACAAUCAGACGCUCUUCUGGCCAGCUCGGAAGUGGGAGACAUGAUUCGCAGAGCAACGGACUUUGACGACUCCCGGGUGAUUGCCAUGGAAAGGCGAGAGCGGGAGGAGAAGAGUAGAGCAGCUGCUGAAGCGAAGCUGCCACACAAUGGCAAGCAGAGUGAAGCUCAUCCCGUUGCUGAUGACGACGAGGGGCCUCCUACCCUUGAAGAGGAUGAUCAGCUGGAGGCUAUCAUUGCCAGAUCGAGCACGGCAGUCGAAGGACGGGAUCUCUCACAAAUCUCCUUCACCGGCCGUCCAUCGCCUGUCAGGCUCUCUCAAAAGCCGAAGCCACUGGAGACCGAUGCAGAUCCGGCAGUCAGCGAUGUUACAGAAAAGCUGGACAAGGCACGCCUCAAUGGAGAAGAAGGCGAGGAAGGACCACCGCCUCUGAUAGCCAGGCUGCCCGAUGAGAUCCUAGCCCACAUCUGCAGGCUUGUAGUGGAGCCUAGAGGGCAGCGCGGCACCAAGAUCCGACCGCCCCGGAUCGAGGGCGUGCAGGACAAGCACGGAGCUCAGGUCGCGGGGAAGGGAGAGGACAAGGCAGUUCACGACAAGGAGAGACCCCCUCCCUCAGGCAAUGACUCUACAGCUACCCGAGCUGCAAAGGGCCCCGCCGGCGUGGGCAUGGUCCUGGCUGGAGCUGAUUGGCAAAGUCUGGAGAUGCUGGCCAGAGUCUCGUGGAAGUGGCGUCUAGCAUCGAGGGUCAAAGGCAUCUGGAGACUGAUCAUCAGCGAGACGUACCACGCUCCUCAACUUGCUUUGCCAUCGACAUUACCGAACCUCGCCAAUCCGCGCCUGCUGUUCAUCCACCACCCCCGCAUCCGCGAAACGGGUUGCUACAUUGCCGCCUGUCACUACUCGCGCCCAGGUCUAAGUGUGGACAAUCCCUGGGUUCGCGUCUUCCACACUGUGGAGUUCUACCGAUCCAUCCGAUUUCUCCCUGAUGGGAAGGCCCUGACGUUUCUGACGACGGACCCGCCUAGGGAGACGGUUGGGAGGAUGUAUGCGGGAAAUGGCGACAAGGGAUUCGCAGUGGGACGGUGGAGAGUGGAGAUGUCUGAUGGUGCUGAAGGGGCUCACAGAGGAAGCGCAGGAGAGGAGUUGGAGGUGGAAAAGGAGAAGAGACGCAGGCGAGGUGGAGCAAGAGUGAUCAUCGAAGAUCUCAAGGGUGAGUGAGGCAAUCAGAGCGGAGGACAGAAGAUCAAAGGCAAAGUUGUUGCUGAGACCCUCUUUCCUUCCUUCUCCCCCUUUACGUGUAUUCACAGACCGACACAUGUCCAAGUAUGCCUUUCGUAUGGUCCUCACCUUGCGAUGCACCAGUCGCGGCAAGUGGAACAAGAUGGAAAUGGUCGAG